AUGCUGACAUCUCUCAUCAACUUCUCUGACAGACAAGACAUCUCUGCUCUAAGAAGCAUGAGCCAGGAGAAAGUGAAGAGAAUGUCAUUCUACAAUACCAUGUUUGAUCACUGGUACUGGACUCGAAAUUUGGAGGAGCAUGUUGAAAGAAGGAAGGGCAUAAAGCCUCAGAGUGCAGCUACUCUUGAGAUGACUGGUGUUAGUAGCGUAGUGUGUGGCCACGAAAUGCCCCAGAAACCAGACAAAGGAUAUAAUACAGAGUAUCAAGACAGGGCUAAUUCCCCGUAUGGCUACCAUCCCAAGAGAGUUCAUGGACUCGUGUCUCGAUAA